CACAUGAUGGCCCCUUUUCCAGGGGCCUUCUUCAGUCUCCCACAAUAAUUUGUUCAUGCUUUCAGCCGAAUUGAGGAAAGGACUCUUCUACAAUCUGUAUUAUUUGGUGUAUAUGCUUUCUGGACUCUUGAAAAUUCAGCUUUGUCUCCUAUGCCUCUGCUGUUUGACGUCAGAUCCGUGAUCUCUGUUUCAAGACUUCCCCUUCUCAGCCUAUCGCCAACACUCCACUGCAGCCUCCAUCAAUGCCCUCCAUCAGCUUCUCCCAUUUUAAAAUCUGCAACUGAGACCCAAUUGAGGCUCCCGACAGAUUCCCGGCAUUUAGCACGCGCCAAGCAGAUCAGCCUUUACGAGCUACGGCAGAUGAUUUGGCGAGGGGGCGGAAGUGCCAUCUCCGAGUGGUGACAGUGACACCAAGUACUUCCCCAGCAGGCAAUCAGGUUGCGUUCUAUACGCUGUGUUCAAACUAAGCUAUUGCGGCAUGUGGUGGUUAGCCUUGAAGCAGCAUAAGAGGGGCUGGGCUGGGAUUUUCCCAGGCGGGGUUGUGUUUCCUCUCUUCUGGUUUCAAGCCGACCCCACAGCUUGGCUUUCCUUGUUCCUGCAUAUUUUCAAAUAUUCUUCACAUUUUUUCUAUCCCUCAGAUUGAAGGCUGAGGGUGGAGUACUCUGACUUUCAUAAUUGGGAUUAUUAUUAAGAUAUCCCUGGAGGCUGCAAGGACGAAAUGUUUGAAAUUGUCUCUGUCACCGUUUGGUUGGUAGUGGCAUAUGGGAUUGGGAAGUACUCGUACUGCUUCUGGACCAACCUCCAAUACGCGAAGAGGACGGGAUUGCCGUAUCUCGUUGGCCCUUUCUACCCAAUUGGAUAUGGUUGGGUGUUUCUCGCAGAGAUUUUAGGACCGAUCCUGCGUCGCAUCCCCGUAAUUCAAAAUUGGGGCUGGCUCUGGCUCAUCGAUCGCCAAGUUUCCUGGUCGAGACCGCGAAUUGCAGAGGCUCAAUAUGGAGAUACGUACAUCGUCGUUACGCCUUUUAUUCUGUACCUCAAGACGUCAAAUGCGGAACUGGGUACCCAGAUAACCACCCGAAAGACAGAUUUCCUCAAGCCAGUUCAUCGGUAUAAGAUUGUUGAUCUAUUCGGGAAGUCGAUCCUGACUCAAGAGGGACAGGAGUGGAAGAGACAUAGGAAAAUUGUAGGGCCGAGUUUCUCAGAGAAGAGUAACAGAUUGGUGUUUGAGGAGAGUGUGAGACAAGCUGAGGGCAUGAUAAGUGUCUGGGCUGAGAAGAGGGGUAAUUCGAGGAACUCGAUGGUUGUUGAUAAUGCGGCUACUGAUGCGGCAACCCUCAGUUUGCAUGUUAUUUGCGCAGCUGGAUUUGGAGUUCCCACGCUUUGGCCGAAUGAAGGAGAGGAGAAGCUUGGAGGAAGAGGUAUUCCUGGCUUUAGUGACAAAAAGCUCACGAGCGGACAUGAGCUAUCGUUUCAAGCAGGCCUGACGCAGCUGCUGAAGCAGCUGAUUUGGUUUGUUCUAUUCCCACCUUGGCUCUUGAAAAUCUCCCCUUUGAAGGUCCACAAGACGGCAUACCAAGCUUUUCACGAAUGUGUGAUAUAUUUUGGCGAGCUUUUGGACAUCAAAAAGUAUCAGAUGAAGCUAGGAGAAUCCGAAGAAGGUACCAUGGACCUCUUAGGACCCAUGAUAAAGGCCAAUUAUGCCGAAGUAAUCCCUGACUCCAAGACAACAAAUCAAACAUCAGCAACUCUGACUCGAGAGGAAAUCCUGGGCAACUCAUUCAUUUUCCUGUUCGCCGGUCACGAAACAACAGCAAAUAAUAUCCACUUCAGCAUCCUCCUGCUCGCCAUGAAUAUCUCCACUCAACGCCGCAUGCAAGCUGAUAUCGACUGCAUCCUCGGCUCCAAGCCUGCUUCCGAAUUCUCAUAUCUGAACGAUAUGCCGCGCCUCUGGAACUCCAUGGUCGGGGCUGUCCUUCUCGAGGAACUACGACUCGUACCUGCUAUCCUCAACAUUCCCAAACAAAGCAACGGUGAACAGACAGUGACGGUUGAUGGAAAGCAGAUUAUGUUCCCAGAUAAGAUGUUCCUGCAUCUCAAUGUCGUUGGCACGAAUCGUAAUCCGAGGUACUGGCCAGAGUCUCCGAAUGAAUUUGUGCCGGAACGCUGGCUACCACAUGGAUCGUCCGUAAAGGAUACUUCACAAGUUUUCGAGAAGAUUGAUCGUGGCAAAGAAACAGUCGACGGGCUUGAGACUGCCUCCUUCGAAACGUCCGGUGGAACAUCUCUUUUCAAACCUACCAAAGGAUCCUUCAUCUCAUUCUCAGAAGGACAACGAGCAUGUCCUGGUCGAAGAUUCGCACAGGUGGAAAGUACUGCGGUAUUGUCUACAAUAUUUCAAAAUUAUAGUGUAGAACUUGAUGUGUCGAGCUGGGCGAGUGAUGAGGAGGUCGAGAGGAUGGGGAGCGAGAACAGGAGGGAGUUGUAUGGAAAGGCUUUGAAGAGAGCCAAAGAGAUUAUCAGAAGGAGUGAGCAGACUAUCACGUUGCAGAUGUUGCCUGGGGAUGAGGUGCCUGUUAGAUUUGUGGAGAGGGGGAAGGAAAGGUUUUGGGGGUGUUAUUGAGCUGUUUUACAAGAUCAGUGCUCUUUGUGAGUCAUCCAGUGUUUGUGGGAGAGUGUUGCUUCAGCUCCACAAAAAGCAUUCGCAGCUGUUCUUCUUACUGGCUACCAUUCUAUGGAUCACGUUGUUUCGCUUGUUCAUUUCUGUUUUGCAAAACGGCCUGUUGAUACACCAACGGAUCUUUGGUCUCAAUGAUGUCAAUCAGAUGUAAUGCACGGUCCUGCUUCUAAUUCAUGCAAAGGAGGAUUUCGAUCUCACGUAUUAUUUCGUGACGCCAGAACCGAUUGCUGAGAUACACAUAGUGUUUAAAUC